AAGUGCCAGCCAUGUCGUCCGCGUUCCAGCCACAGCUCCAGACCCAAACCCGGUCCUACAACCCAGCCCGCCGGUCCCGGUUCAACGCCCGACUUGUCCGGGAGAGCCUCACGACCCGGUUCGCCAUGUGCGUCUGCUCCGUUCUCCUCUUCGUCCUCCUCGUCGCCGGCCUUAUCGUCUUCAUCCUCUGGCUCAGCCUCCGCCCCCAUCGCCCCCGUUUCUAUCUCUCCUCCUUCUCCGUCCCCGCCGUCUCCCAGCCGUCGGCCGGCCUCCUCAACUCACCCAUCUCCUUCAACGUCACAGACCGCAACUCCAACCGGAAUAUCGGCAUCUACUACGACGUCGUCUACGGCUCGGUCUACUAUAACGACCAAGUGGUCGCGUCCGGUCCGGUCCUGAACCCGUUCUUCCAGCCGCCCAAGAACACGACGCUGGUCCUCGGGGACCUCACCGGGACGGCGCCGGCGGCGGGGGACGCGCUGGCGGCCCAGAUGUCGGGUGACGCGGCGUCUGGCCGGGUCGAGUUCCGGCUCGAGUUGAAAUCAGUCAUCCGGUUCCAGGUGAAGGCCUGGGACACGCACCACCAUACCUUGCACGUGGAGUGCGACACGGCGGUGGGUUCUGACGGAAACCUCCUGGCUAGCUACAAGAACGAGAAGUGCUCCAUCUACUUCUAGUCUUAACAUGACAUAACUUGCAUACGUGUGAUCGUUUCCCUCCUGACUUCACUAUCUCACGUUUCUUGUUUUUUUCUUUCUUUUUUUUUUUGGGUAAACCUAUCUUACGUUUCUUCUUGUUUGAUUUGUGACAUUUGAUCGUUUGUACAACUUUCCUCUUUGAGCUCAAGAAAAUGUAUAAGAAACAAUUUGUCA